AGAAUGAUCGCUGGCAUGGAAACUUCAUUGGGCAAAAUGUGCCCACGUUACAUAGCUCCUUAACUUCACCGUACCCUCUUCUGUCUCUUCCAUCCCUCCAAUGUCCUCUAUAACUGGAAAUCCGACAUGAGGUUCAUCAACGUAUACUUCUUUGCUAUUCUGGUGCCCUUGUGCUAUCCACUUAUUCCAAUUCAAUGCUGUUUAGAAAAGAUGUGCUUCGACAAAUGCGAUGGUGACAAAACUCCAAGACAGUACUUUUCUUGUCUUGCCACUUGUGGUGGCAAAUUCCAGUCAAAAUGGGAUAGUAUGAUGACGCCAGAGUGGAGCUUUACCAGCUAGAGCUAUCACCGUUUGUAUGCACAGACCUCAAAAUAAAGAGUGAUCAGAAAA